AUGGACAUUAUGGUAAUUGUUCUGAUGAAUUUAAUCAUCGUGAAACUCCGGGCCAUACAGCAUAAGCCACAACCAGCUGGCGCUUUGAUGUCGAGAGAAAAGAAGUUUAAACAGUUGUGUGAUCAAAUUCACGCCAACCGCAACUGCGCUGGUGUCCUCCUUAUAUCUUUGGUGUUUGUCACGCUUCCAAGCGUUUUUGUUGGCAUAACUGCAAUAACAGGCUUACGUAUUGCUGCCACCGUUGGUCCAUUCUACAUUUUUGGAUUGCUUUGUGCCGGUGAUAAAUUUUUAGAGAAAAACAUAUUGGUGUAA